GGAGUAAGUUACGGUGAGACUUACCUUCAUCCCUCAAGCUAAGUCACUGAAACUGCGACUAAGUUUCAGGCCGGGGGACGGACGCCGAUGGCUACGAGGAGAUGGUGGAAGCGGCGCGACGGUAGCGACGACGCGGACGAUCUCGUCCCCAUGGACACCCAAGAGCAGGAGGAGCUGGUCCGGUCCCUGGAGCAGAGGCAGGCGCACCAAAGCCGCCGUUGGAGGCAUGUCUUUGCGGGAUUCCUCCUGAGCUACGCGGUCUUCCUCGUCUACUCCAGCUUCCACCAUGCCUGGUCUCCCUGGGAGCUGCGAUACCAUGCUUAUUUUAUGGAAGAUUUGCCUUCGCCGAUGGUCAUAGUCACAGAUUGGAUAGCUGCCCUUGCAUGCUUAUUCGCAAUGAAGGGGCUAGUACAAGCAUCCAACUCCUCCAAGAAGUGGAUGUGGUAUUCUUUCUAUGUUGCCAUGGUGGUUGCCGUCUUCUGGAUAUACUACCUCUUGAAGUUACCAAGGAUCCGAUGGGAUGUGGUGUGGCUCCCGCUUGGCCCUUUGAUAGCUUCUGCAUUGAGCCUCUAUGUGGACCAUACGCUAGUGAAGUCGAUGCAAGAUAUCAGCACAUUGAGGGGCUACAUGUACAACUUCAAGUCCCUGUGAUGCUAAGCAUAUGCCUCUUCUGGAUCUUGCAUUUAGCUGUACUAUGUACAUGGGACCUCACAACGAGUCAAAAUUCUAGUAUACUAGUCUAGUUGCGUCAGUCUAGCUGCGUAUGAAUUAUCUCGGGUCGCCUCGCAGCACGGAAUACUGAUACGAUUGAUCACUCUCUACAUAACUUUAGGGCCUGUUUGUUUGCCCGCAUGGUUGGUAGUAAGGCCGUUUAAUUCCGUUUAAA